UCAACAUAUUAAAUUUAUUAUAUAAUAUUUUUAAUAAUUAUAAUAUUAAUUUAUCGUAGGUAAUAUACCUACCAUGUUAUUCUUUGAUUCUUAUCAAUCAUUUCAAGGAAUGAAUUAAAUAAAUACUAAAUGAUGAUGACGAGUAAUCAAAUUAGACAAUAGACAAGAAGAGACAAAAGUGAAGAGUUAAAAGCAAACAUUUGAGUUCAUAUUAUGUAAUUGAUUAAUUGUUGUUUAUUUAAUCAGUUUAAUUUGCAAUUCUUUCAUGAACGAUCAGUUGUAACAGCUUCUAAUCCCAAGGAAAUGGAUUUCGAAAGGGUGUUUUUGAAGGCUUAUAACAUUUUGAAGUGGGAUGAGUUCACUGUUUUGAAUAAUGACCGUGCAUCAAUCAAUGAGAAAAUCACUAACAAAGUGAUCACCAAACAUGAGCUGUUAUCGCAGUUUAAAGUAGAGUUGAGUUUGCUUAAUGCGUGUAAACACAAAAUUAAAGAUGAGUUGGAACAGAAUUUAGAUGUUAUUGACACUCAAGUACUCGUCCUCUUAAGCAAGCGUGUUAUUGAUUUGUUUGAUCAUAUGCAUGUAUUGUUUUCUAUUGAUGAGGAGCUGUUAUCUUAUUACAUCAACUUUUGUCAAGAUAAUGUAAGCUACAUACAUGUAGAUCAGUUAGAUAUUUUGUUAGAUGCUGUAUUGUGUACAGUAAAUAAUCAAAAAAUUUGGAUACAACUGUUGAAGCUUCAUUUGGAAAUAAAUAAUUAUGAUAAGCUGAUGAAUGUUUUUCAAGAAGGUGUUCGUUCAUUAAAAACAAAUUCACUACCUUUAUGGAGGAUAAUAAUUAGAUAUAUGCGAAAUAGACGUCCUGAUAUGAUUCAAACAUUACUUGAAGAAGGCUCAAAUAUAUCAUAUGAAAAUAUUUCUUUGGAAAUUAGACCUAAAUAUUUGAAAUGGUGUAUAGAGUAUAAAGACUUAGAUGCUGCUCGUAAAUUAUUCAAUGAAUUAAAAGAGUUAAAGCCACCAUGUUGUAAAUUGUAUUUAGUAAUGAUAUCUGUUGAAUUGGAGAUAUUAGAUUGUGAUUUAGGUACAGUAAGAAAAUUGUAUGAUGAAGCUUGCAUUCUAUUUGGCAGAAAUAACAUUGGAGUGUGGCUUGAUUAUAUUCGUUUUGAACAGACUGAUGGCUCCUUGAAAUUAGUGGAAAGUAUUUAUUCUAAAGGAUUAUGGAAACUGGAACAAAAUUUAAGGAAUACUUUCAUAGAAGAAUAUAAUAAUAUUAAACGUGAAUUUAAGGAAAAAUUAGGUAAUGAAAUUAUAGUCAUUGAUGAUUGAAAUAUAUAUAUUAUAUAUUAUGAAAACAAAAAUGGCGAAUUUAUUUAGAGAUCUCCUCAUUUUAUUUGUUGUUGAAUUAAUACUGUAAGUGGGUCACUUAAUAAUAUUGAUACCUUUGUAUGGAGUUUGGCUUUGUUGAGUUAUACAAAGCAAGCAGUGUAAUACAAUGACAUUUCUAUUAAUGGUUUACUUUUUAUCACUUAUAAAUUGCAAUUUUUUCUGGUUUCUACAGUGAUUACAGUACAGAAGUCUCACUGUACCAUUUAGAUGUCGCAGUCUAUAAAAAAUUGUGAAUUUAUGUAUAGAAAGUUAAUGAUAUUUGAUUUAUUUGAUGUUUAUAAUUUA